CCCUGGUGUGAGAAAGAAGAUCAUUCCUCAGGGAAAGAAACGUGAAAGUUUGCUGAUUAGUAGCAAAGGAGCAGAGACUGCACUUCUUCACCCACACUUGAGAGCCAUGGCCACUUGGAAAUCCUACAUUGACCACCUGAUGGCUGAUGGGACAUGCCAGGAUGCUGCCAUUGUUGGUUACAAGGAUGUUCCUUCUGUGUGGGCUGCUGUCCCUGGCAAGAUCUUUGUGGGCAUCUCUCCUGUGGAGAUGAAUGUGUUACUGGGGAAGGAUCGCUCUCUGCUAUUAGUCAAUGGACUGACGCUGGGAGGCCAGAAGUGCUCAGUGAUCAGAGACAAUCUGAUGGAUGGAGAGUUCACCAUAGAUCUGAGAACAAAGAGCAUUAAAGGAGAACCCACUUUCAACAUUACAGUCUCCCAAACAGCCAGAACUUUGGUUGUGCUAAUGGGCAAAGAAGGAACCUCUGGAGGAAAUGUUAACAUGAAAUGUUUUAAGAUGGCUUGCUACUUAAGAAGUGCAGGGUAUUGAUGCUCCAGCUGUCCACUGUGGUUCUACUGAUGAAGAGAAUGCAACCCUUAUCUUGCACAAAGGAAAAUAGAUCUUUCUGCUGCGAACUCUUGCUUUACCAGUUGGCUUUUCAAAACUAGUGUGUAAUAUGAAAAUGGGAAAAAUUAAAAUAAAUGCUAUGGUGGCUUGUUACAAAGGGGGAAGAGAUGAGUAGUGUUUCCCAAACUAGUGGGGUCACAAAUGUAAUAGCUAGAGCUGGCUGGCUUCUCAGAUCCAAACACCUUGAGACGAUGAAUCAGGUUCAUUCAAGCAAACUUUUGGUCAAAUUGCAGGGAGGUUCUAUUAGAAGUCUGCCUGGUUCCCUUCCAGCUUGCCUCAUGGGC